AUGGCCUUCGUUGUGCUACUCGUCGCAGUUAUCGCCGGCAUCUUGGCGAGAGAGUUAUGGCUCUGGUAUCGCCUCUCACAUGUUCCAGGGCCAUUCUGGCAUGCUAUCACGGGCUUUUCCAUGGCGCGUGCCGCGCUAAAUGGAUCGGUUCAUGAGUAUUACAUGGAGCUGCAUGAGAAAUACGGACCCUUGGUUCGUAUAGGUCCAAAUACAGUCAUGUUUAGUGAUCCGGAGACGCUGAAAAAGAUCGCCGCUGCUCGGAGCAAAUACACCAAAGGCGAGUGGUAUGCGGUUGGAAGGACCACGCCUGGCGAGGAUCAUUUGUUUUCCAUGCGCGAUGAGGGAAAGCGCAAGUAUCUGAAGAGCAAGAUGGGACCAGGUGAGCAGUAUUCUGGCCUUGAAAAUGGCGGAUUCGAAGCAGGUAUCGACAAACAUGUCGCGUCAUUCAUCGAUUUGAUCGAGAGAAAAUACGUAUCUACGGCAAAGGAGUUCAGACCCAUGGAUAUGGCCAGCAAAUCGACAUACUUUGCUCUUGAUGUAAUCAGCGAGUUGGGUUUCGGCCACGCUUACGGCUUUCUCAAAGAAGAUAGGGACUUGUACCAAUAUGUGAGCACCAAAGAUGCGUUCUUCCCUGUCAUGAUAACCAUGGGAAAUGUGCCCUGGUUGGCGAAGCUCAUGCACAGCUGGCCUCUCAACCUGGGCCUACCAAAGUCUGGGGAUUCUGCUGGGUUUGGAGCGCUUAUGGGGUUUGCAAAGACUUUUGUUGAUGGAAGGUUGGCUCCUGAUACCAAGCCCGGGCGGGACAUGAUUCAGUCCUUUAUCAACGCGGGGCUGAGUAGAGAGGAACUGACACAAGAGGUCUAUGUGGAGACAAUAGCAGGAUCAGACACCACGGCGACCGCAAUCCGAAUGAUUCUCUUGUCAUUACUUUCGAACCCCUCGGCAUUUGCAGCACUCCGAGCAGAAAUUGAUGCGGGCAUCGCGAACGGAAUGCUCAGUUCUCCGGUCAAAGACGCUGAGGCCAGGUCCAUGCCAUAUCUCCAGGCUGUAAUUCGCGAAGGACUCCGGCUCUAUCCGCCAUCCACUGGCAUUGUCAGCAAAGAAGUGCCGGCUGGCGGAGACACGAUUCACGGGUACCGCUUACCUGCCGGAACCCAGCUCGGAGAGAAUGUUUGCAGUAUCGGCCGGACGAAGAGCGUUUUUGGGCCCGAUGCGCAUCUUUUUAGACCUGAACGAUGGCUUGAAGCCGCUAAUGAUGAUGAGAAGUUCAAAGUAAUGUUGAGCACGGCGGAUUUGGUUUUCGGGUUUGGCAAGUUCUACUGUAUGGGAAGGAACAUUGCGUUGAUUGAGCUGAACAAGAUUUUCGUCGAGCUUCUCCGGAGAUACGACUUUGCUACUGCAAAGCCCGAGAAGCCCUUGAAGUUGUGGAGUGCGGGUUUCUGGAUCACGCAUGACUUUUGGUUAAGGAUCUCAAGACGAACUGGCAGGAGGCAAUACUAA